GUGGAUGAGUUAGCAAAAAUUGGAAUCCACCAUCUUGAAACUUGUCUGCUACAUCGACCAUUAGCAGAAGAUAUCUUCUCUUCCUGUUUGGGAUUGAAUCAUGGGAUAUUGUUGAUAUCUGGACCAAGAGGAAGUGGGAAGACAUCGUUGGCAAGGGCUUUGCUGCGACGUAUGGCUGAAAUACCAAAUAUGGUGUUCACAAAAGACAUAGAUUGUAAACCUCUCAGAGGUAUGUUGGUAGACAACAUACAGAAGAUUAUGGAAUCAGUUUUUGAUGAAGCAGCGUGGCGCCAACCGUCAGUGGUGCUGUUAGAAGACCUCCAUAUUAUUGCUGGUGCUGCUACCAGUCCUGAUGCAGAGGUGACUGGGGAGGCUCUAUAUGCUGCCAGAGUGGCUGAAGUUAUCACCAGUAUAGUAAAAUACCAAAUUAAAAACAAUGCUCGCAUAGGUGUCAUAGCAACCAGUACAUCCCAGAAUUCCCUGAACCCUACACUAGUGACAUCUAGAGGCAUCCAUUUUAUACAGGAAGUCAUCUGCAUCAAACCACCAAAUAAGAAACAAAGAAAGGUGUUGCUGACUAAGAUGUUAGAAGGGAAAGAUAACUUGUCUAAAACGAACAUCAAGAAACUGGAUUUGGACACUAUAGUCAAUAGAACAGAGGGGUUCGUAGCCCGUGACUUAGAGAAUGUCAUCGACCGAGCAAUUCAUGCUAAAUACUUGGUUGACUGGACGUGUAGAAGUGGAGAGCUACAACUGACAGAUGACGAGUUUUACGUGGCUCUAGAAGGUUUUAAACCAGUUAGUUUCCGUAAUGUACCACUCCAUACUGCUGAAGAUCUUGGCUGGCGUGAUGUCGGAGGUCUACAGGACACUAAAGAUAUCCUCGUGGAAACUUUACAGUGGCCUUCCAAGUAUCCAGACCUGUUUGCGAACUGUCCACUACGUCUGCGAAGUGGAUUGUUAUUAUAUGGUCCACCAGGCACCGGAAAGACUCUGAUAGCUGGGGUAGUUGCGAAAGAAUGUGGCUUGAAUUUCAUCAGCAUUAAGGGACCUGAAGUUUUAAGUAAAUAUAUUGGAGCCAGUGAGCAAGCUGUAAGAGAUCUCUUUAUCAGGCAAGUAGCUCAAUCAGCCAAACCAUGUAUUUUGUUUUUUGAUGAGUUUGAUUCUAUGGCUCCAAGGCGUGGUCAUGAUAAUACCGGUGUCACAGAUAGAGUUGUCAAUCAGUUACUAACUCAGUUAGAUGGUGUCGAGGGCCUCGAUGGUGUAUAUGUAUUAGCUGCUACUAGUCGUCCUGAUUUAAUAGAUGGUGCCUUACUUAGACCAGGUCGGAUUGAUAAAUGUCUCCAUUGUGGACUCCCUACAGAGAUUGAAAGAAAAGAAAUCCUAGAAGCUUUGACUUAUAAAAUGCAUUUUAACAGAGAUGUAGAUUUGGGAGAAAUUGCAGACAAGUCGGAACAUUUCAGCGGUGCCGAUCUGAAAGCGGUGCUGUACAACGCUCAGUUGGAAGCGAUCCAC